AUGGGCUCAAGCCUCACACGCCUACAACAGACGCGUGAUGCCAGUACCAUCAAGAAGAUCAUGGCCGCCAAUCGUGGUGAAAUCGCCACGCGCAUUAUGCGUGCGGGAAAUGAGCUCGGUCUCCGCACAGUCGGCAUUUUCUCCAAGGAAGAUCGAUUUACUCAGCACCGGUACAAAGCAGAUGAAAGCUUCCUUGUUGGGGCCGAUAAGUCACCCGUUGGCGCUUAUCUAGACAUCGACAGUAUCAUCAAGAUCGCCAAGGAAAACAACAUUGAUGCUAUUCAUCCAGGUUACGGAUUUCUCAGUGAAAAUGUGGGUUUUGCUGAGAAAUGUGCCAAAAACGGAAUCAAAUUUGUUGGUCCUACUCCUGAAAAUCUGCAACGCUUUGGUGACAAGACAGCUGCACGAGAGAUUGCCAUCCAGCAAAAGGUACCGGUUGUUCCUGGUACGGAUGGACCGGUUCGGAACCUUGAAGAAGCUCGCGCUUUCAUUGACUCAGGUGUGGGGUACCCCGUAAUUAUCAAAGCUAGCAUGGGGGGUGGUGGUCGUGGUAUGCGUGUCGUUGGAAGUGCUGAAGAGCUUGAAGAAAGUUUUGAACGUGCAAGCUCCGAAGCUUUGGCUGCCUUUGGUGACGGUACCGUGUUUAUUGAACGCUACGUGGACCGCCCGCGCCACAUUGAAGUUCAGAUCUUGGGAGAUGGAAAAGGAAAUGUUGUGCAUUUGUUUCACCGUGACUGCAGUGUGCAACGUCGUCACCAAAAGGUACUUGAAACUGCUCCUGCUGUAGGGUUAGACCCAAAGACUGAGAAAGCUAUGAUUGAUGACGCUGUGCGUCUCACAAGUGCUGCUAAGUACUUAAAUGCUGGUACAGUCGAAUUUUUGGUGGACCAACAAGGUCGCCACUACUUUAUUGAAGUGAACCCACGUAUUCAGGUCGAACACACAAUCACGGAAGAAAUCACCGGUAUUGAUUUGGUACAAAGCCAAAUACGUAUUGCUGGUGGCGAGAAUUUUCAAGAUCUAGGAUUAAGUCAGGAAAAGAUUAAACCGCGUGGCCAUGCCAUGCAAUGCCGCGUGACCACGGAAAACCCGAGCACAGGAUUUCAGCCAGACUCUGGUGUCAUUGAGGUCUUCCGUAGCCCCGGUGGCAUGGGUAUCCGACUGGAUGAUGGUCCUGGAUUCGUUGGUGCGCAUAUUACUCCCCAUUAUGACUCGCUAUUAGUGAAAGUGACCGCCCGAGCCUUAGACCGCGGUGAUUGUGCUCACAAGCUUCAACGUGCUUUGUCCGAAUUCCGUGUGCGUGGUGUCACGACGAACAAGAGCUUUCUAAUAAAUGUGCUUAACCAUCCCGACUUUAUCAAAGGUGUCGUAGAUACGAGCUUCAUUGCGGAAAACCCAGACUUGCUGGAGCCGUCAAAUUCGACAAAUCGUGGCCAGAAAAUGCUCAAGUACAUUGGCAACACAAUCGUGAACGGUCCUGAAAAAGCGUUGGGAGCCACUGGACCACCUCCAUCAAGUAUUGAUCCAAUCAUUCCAACUCUCGAAGCACCCCCUGCUUCUAAGGAGAAGUCACUUCGUCAGAUCUAUGUUGAACAAGGUCCUGAAGCCUUUGCAAAGGCUGUGCGUGCAAAUAAGGGCUUGCUCUUAACGGAUACUACAUGGCGUGAUGCUCACCAGUCGCUUCUCGCAACACGUAUGCGUACGCGUGAUAUGCUCGCCAUUGCUCCUGCUACAGCUAUAGCCAUGCGUAAUGCUUUUUCCAUUGAAAUGUGGGGUGGAGCGACUUUUGACGUAUCCAUGCGCUUUUUACGGGAAGAUCCCUGGGAUCGUCUUGCUAUUCUGCGUGAAGCCGUGCCGGACAUUCCAUUCCAGAUGUUACUUCGUGGCGCAAACGCUGUUGGGUACACGAGCUACCCUGAUAACGUCGUGUUCAAAUUUUGCGUAAAAGCCCAGGCUACAGGCAUGGAUGUAUUCCGUGUGUUUGACUCGCUUAACUACCUGGAAAACAUGAAGUUAGGAAUAGACGCCGUUGGGGCUGCUGGUGGUAUCAUUGAGGCUGCAAUGUGUUACACAGGUGAUGUUUCGGACGCAGCCCGCGGUCCAUACAAUCUUGAGUACUACCUUGACUUUGUGCGUCAGUUGGUUGCCCAAGGGAUCCAUGUUCUGGCUAUCAAAGACAUGGCUGGCUUACUAAAGCCCAAGGCUGCACAGAUUCUUGUCUCUGCUAUCCGAAAGGAGUUUCCGGACUUGCCGAUUCACGUGCACACGCAUGACACUGCUGGAACGGGUGUAAGUUCUAUGCUGGAAGCUGCGUAUGCUGGCGCGGAUGCAGUAGAUGUGGCUUCGGACGCAAUGUCUGGUACGACCUCACAGCCUUCAAUGGGUGCUGUUGUUUCUGCACUGAAGGACUCUCAGUACGAUACGGGGAUCAGCACUGAAGAUAUUGUAGAGAUAAAUGACUACUGGGAAAUGAUGCGGGACGUAUAUGCGCCGUUUGAAUCUGGCCAGAAGUCUGGCUCGGCAGAUGUGUACAACCACGAAAUGCCUGGUGGACAGUAUACAAAUCUUCUGUUUCAGUCAAAGCAGCUUGGUCUUGCAGGUCAGUGGCCGGCUAUCAAGCGUGCUUAUGCCACUUCAAACCGUCUGCUUGGCGACAUUAUCAAGGUGACACCCUCGUCUAAAGUUGUCGGUGAUUUUGCGCAAUUUAUUGUUCAAAAUAAGCUCACAGAACAAGAGGUGAUUGAUCAGGCAGAGACUUUGUCGUUCCCUCAGUCUGUAGUUGAGUACUUUCAAGGCUACCUUGGCAUUCCGCACCACGGGUUCCCGGAGCCUCUACGCUCCCGUGUACUGAAAGGUAGGACUUUGCCAAAUGGCCGAGAGAUGUUUGAGGGCCGUCCAGGUGCAGAGAUGGAACCAUACGACUUUGAAGCAGCCGAGAAACUAUUAAAGGGAAAAUACGGCGCCGACAAGAUUCGUGAUGUGGAUGUCAUUUCACAUGCUAUCUAUCCAGAAGUAUUCGAGGGCUUCCAGACAUUCAAAAAUGAAUACGGCUCGUUGCAUUUUCUAGACACUCGUACUUUCUUGAAGGGACUUGAAGUGGACACUGAGGUCGAGAUCGAAAUGGAGCAUGGCAAGACGGUUUUUAUCAAACUGAUUGCUGUGGGAGGCGUGAGCAAGAAGGAUGGCUUGCGUGAUGUGAUCUUUGAACUAAAUGGUCGCCAGCGUGUGAUUAGGGUGAAGGACGAGAAUGCAGGGGUGGCUACUUCGGCCAAGCCGAAGGCCACAGCAGUUGCAGGCUCCGUCGGUGCACCGAUGCCUGGUGUUGUGCUCGAUGUGCGCGUGAAGAAGGGUGAGAUGGUCAAGACUGGUGAUGCGUUGCUUGUGUUGAGCGCCAUGAAAAUGGAGACUGUUGUGGCUGCCCCUGUGAGUGGCCGAGUGAUGUCAAUUCACGCUGAUGUUGGCGACAACAUGCUUGGUGGCGACCUUUUGGUUGAAAUCGACGAAACUGGUGAUCACGAAGAGUAA